AUGGGAGAUACAAGAUGUCCGCAGUGUGACAGCAAGCUUCAGAAAUGUUUGAUCCAGCAGAACUACAGUUUGGUGCUGUGCACAAAUUUGAACUGUGGUUAUCCGUUCAAUGAGCGUGAAGUUAUGGACAAUAUUGUAUAUACCAAAGAUUCGCAGAUCUUAGAUGCAGCGAAAAGACGUCUUCGAAAAGAAGAGCAGGAAGACAAGAGUAAACCUUAG